AUGCCGCACUUCGACCAGCUUGAUGCGCCGAAGAAGGGCAAGCCGAUCAAGUCAGCCUUCGACAGCGAGAGCUUUGAUGCGGACGGCACGAUUCACGUCGCCGGUCUAGUAGGAUCGGCGACGAUAGCUCCUUCUCAGAGAGAUGUUGCCUUAGCAUCACCCGAAGGUUUAUCCAUUAUUGAUUUGGACUCACCUUACAAUCCUCCUCGUCGACUCAGCAGUCAUGGCUCCCCUUGGCUUGUCACUGAUGUCCAAUGGUCGCCUUUUGCCGUUCGCGACUACUGGGUCGUGUCCACUGCCAAUCAUCGCGCGCUUGUAUGGAACCUCAACUUGAGAGAUGACUCGACAUCGGGGGCCAUUGAGCACUCACUUCAAGGCCACAGCAGAGCCAUCACCGAUAUCAACUGGUCCGCCCACCACCCCGACCAGCUCGCUUCGUGUGCUGUCGAUGGUUACGUCCACUGCUGGGAUCUCAGACGCCCGAGACAGCCUGUCCUUACUUUCUGCGAUUGGUUUGCCGGCGCCACGCAAGUCAAGUACAACCGUCAGGACCCGCACAUCCUAGCUUCAUCUCACGACAGGUGGUUGCACAUUUGGGACGAAAGACGACCAAGCGAGCCCCUGAAAUCAAUCGGCGCACACACCUCAAAGAUCUACGGGAUUGAUUGGAAUCGGACAACGUCAACCAAGAUUGUUACUUGCUCUUUGGAUAAGCAUAUCAAGUUUUGGGACUAUGCGAGCGAUCAAGAUGUCCCGGAUCGCGUUAUACGUACCGAGUUCCCGGUGUGGCGCGCUCGUCAUACCCCUUUUGGCCAGGGGCUCCUUGCGAUGCCUCAGAACGAACCAGGCGACCUGUACCUGUACGACUGGCGAACACCUCCCAAGGACCCUGAGGAAGGGCCGACUGAGCCAGUAGCGGUAUUUCCUGGCCACGGCAACCACAAGGCCAAGGAGUUCUUGUGGAGAAGUAGAGGAAGCAUCACCGAAGAUGCGCUAGAUAACAGAGACUUCCAGCUCGUCUCUUGGGGAGAGGAUAAUGAGCUGCGCCUGCAGCAAGUCGACCCGUCUAUUCUCGAGUCUGUGGGAUAUGUCAAGGGGAUGGCGGCCAACAAGAAUGUCGUCCUCACACGCAAAGGCGCUGCCUACAAAACUUUCCGAACGGUUGAGGACACAGUCAGCCGAGACAGGAGGAGUGCCACAAUGAGCGAUCCCCGCAAUAGCGCGCAAUAUCGUCAGAGUGCUCUAACUAUGGGUAUGCGGUCGGGGCCGACAACCUAUUCCAAACUUGGUGCGGCUUGGAAGGGCUCAUCAAUGAAAGCCAAAAGCACUUCCAGAGAGAUGGAUCGUAGCCAGGCACAUAUCGGCUGGAUGAAGGGAAUCAUGAUGAACAAGCGCAAGACAUCUACAGACAGCCCUAGAAGGGCAGAUUCAAAGGACUCUAGCAUGUUCAGCCCAGGUUACAUGGACGAUGACAAGUGGGGAGAACCAGAGACUAUCCAGGAAGAGUUUCUCCGCAUCAGCAUGCAGCUUCCCAAGGUCAAAUGGGAGCACAUCGACAUGGAUAACUUGACGCUCAACGCAUCCCUCAACGGCCCGUGGGGCGCCAACAGCGACCCCAUCUUCAUAAAAGUUACAGUCGACAUACCAUCUAACUAUCCUAAAGCCAAAGCACCAAGAUUCUACAUUGAGAAGACCGGCUUCAUGUCAGACAAGACGCAUCGGAAGAUCGAGCACGAAAUUCAUGAGCUCUGCCAACAGUUUCUGGAGCGAAAGCAGAAUUGCCUGGAUGUUGCUUUCUCUUAUCUGUUAGGCGAGAUCGACCUGGCGGCGAGCACGAAUUUCUUCAAGAAUGUGAAGGAUCUUGACGAUCCAUUAGACGGCCUUGGUUCCGAGAGCUCUAGCGAAGACGAGAACGAUAUCCCGGCCGGCGGUUCCGCAUCCAUGUCUCAAGAAUUACCUCCGAACGCAGAGGCCGAAAGCACCUUGGCGCCAAAUAACAGGCCUACAAUUCCACCCUUGCCACGGUUCUGCGGUGCCCGGUUUUCCAACGACGGGAGGCUGGUGUGCUUCUUCCCAACCAAGGAAGAAAAGGCAAGGGCAUUGCUAUUCACGCCGGCAGAACCCAUGCGGGAGAGGUCAAAAGGGGAGCCUGUAUUCGCCGGUUUCGGCCGUCUUGCGCAUGAUUCUCCGCCUGGAAAGCGAUAUGGUAACGACGAGAUGUCCGCUACAGACGAGCAGUCCGACUCUGAUGUCUCCACCGGUUCAUCCUCUUCGAGUGACUCGGAAUCAACAUCUAUCAACAAGAUGAGCCUAUGGUAUCAGCCCCGACAUCGUUUCAAGCGAACUUGGAGUGACAAUCGCUCUGUUCGAUCAAGCGGUGGCGGCACGGGAGUGGGAACCGGAACCGGCACAGGAUCGCUUAGAAGGCGACCAGGCGCAAAAUCGAAGAACGUCGUCUCCCUCCACGACUUAUCGGAUAUUCUGCCUGCGAAGAAGGAAUUCGCAGAAGACUAUGCUAUAUUUGGGGAUGGUGCUGAGGUCUGCGAGCACAAUGCACAGGUCGCAGAGAAGCAUGGCUGCCAAGAUCUGGUGGAUGUCUGGCGCUACCUCUCACUGAUUCUCCGCCGAGAUAUCCCACUGGAAUUGUCAAACAUGGACCGUCACCAAAACUCCAUUCUGAUCAUAGCCAGAGACGCUCUUGCGCGAUUCAGUCACGAGGGUUCGCCGGUUACCAAGACGAUUAAUGGCAAAGACACUGCUGACUUCAACGGGAGAGUGAAGUGGGGCAAUCAUCCGCUAGCGAGGGAUUUCAUCAGCGAUCUCUUUGAUUACUUUGAGAAGACUGCAGAUAUCCAGAUGCUAGCUAUGUUGUCCUGCAUCUUUAGUGAAGCAUUCACCGAAGACAGUGUUGCCUACGCCGAAUCGCACCUCACGCAGCCAGACACACCGCUGCCGAUGAAGACUCCGGCAUUUUCACUCGAUUACUUCCCCACGGAUGCAUCUCUUUGGACUUACAACACCAGGAGUCAGACAAAUUCAGCCAUCACCACGCCUAGAACAUUGCACACACCAAUCAGAUACUCUGGGUCACAAGGUUCUGCUGAAGAAAUGCUUUGGACUGGGGACCCAGGCUCAAACUCUUACUCGUGCGGCGAGACACCGCCACCAAGGGGUAAGGAAUAUCUCGGGGAGGGGGAUCAAACGCCAAGUCUCUCCACGUCGCCCAGUGGAAGGACGCUGUCGAGAGCCAACUCGGGUCUGACCUCGAGCUUCGCUAUCAACUUUCCUCGACCCUUCAGCGGUGUUGCAACGGGGACAACGACCGCAGCAUCAUCGCCGCCUAACCAUGGUCGUAAGAGACCGAGUCCAGCGGAGACCAUAUUGAGCACCCUCGCCCCCAGUGCACCCGGUGCUGUCACUUGGGGAGGCUCCACCAUCAUGGGCGACUCGGGCACGGCUCGCACCUCCCUCUCGGACGACGAGGUUUACCGCGACGAUCUAUUCUCCAUGGUACCUAUCGGAGUGUCUGUCCAUAUGGAGGAUCAGACCAUAUUCGAUGACGACGGGUGGAUGACCACGCCGCUUCUAGAGGCGAACCGCGCUGACAUGUACGCCACGUACCGCUAUGUCUACGCCGAGAUUCUACAAAUGUGGAAUCAGCCUCUGGCUCGCCUGGAGAUUAUGAAGUUCAACGUGCUUCAGCAAGGCCAGGGAGGGACUGGCUCGAUUGACGAUUUCCAUGACACCUACAGUAUCGCCGAUACUUCGACAACAAUCCAGCAGCAUCACCACGAUCAACAGCACCAGAGCCAUCAGGCCCAGCAUCACCAGCAGCAACCGCACAAUACCUCCCCGAUCCUCCUCGGAAAGAAGGAGCAGCUCCAAGCUCUUGUCGCUUCCGGCCGCGGUCUCGACGUUACCGGCGUAUGCCGCGUCCACGAGACCCAGCUCGAGCCUCUGAAAUACACUUCCGCCUCCGCGACUCGCUCCGGCGGCGCCGUCGGUGCGUGUGAUCGCUGCCGCCGCCCGCAGUACCAGCUCCUCUGCGUAUACUGCCGCGAGCCCGUCGACGCCCUGUACCCGCCGUGUCUAGGCUGCGGCUGCGCCUUCCACGAGGCGUGUCUCGCGGAGUGGCAUGCCGCCGGCGAGGUUACCUGUCCUGCUGGCGACGAGUGUAACUGCGUAGAAGAGGCGUCGAGCGGGCAGGUCGAGUCGUGGGCUGCCAUGAUGGGCGCGCUGAGGAAGGGUCAACAGCCAGCCUCAGGUAUUUCUUCUGCUCCCUCAGGAGGCGUCAUGGGUCGGGGAUUCGUGCUGCCGCCGCCUACUAUCGAGGAGCCGGAUGACGAGGAGGUUGAAAGGGGCGAUUGGGAGAGCGUGGCGAGUUCCGCGGGGAUCCCUAGCCGGAUGCAAGGGGGAGGAGCGGGUAGCGGUGCGGUUAUGAGUGCCGCGCGGAUCAGUCUGGGUAACAGGCUUAAGAAGUCUGCGGGCGAUACCGCGGCUGCUUGGUCCCGUGCUUCUAGUUUGAGGAAGGGUAGGGGUGGUCAUCCCGGAGCUGGUGUCGGACCUGGUUCUGGACUGGGCAGCGGGAACGGGGCUGCUGGUGGGACUUGGAGGAGCGCGAAAUGA